GGAUGGUUGUGCAACGUAGCUGGCCAAGUAUCCGGCAGUCAUGAGCCGAGCAGUUGUCCAGCCACGGAACGGUGAAGUCGCCUGUUUGUGACCUAGACAUCUACCUUAAUCUUAACUUGUCUAUAAUUUAAAUGUAUCAUCUUAUUGCGUUAGUCAAGAAGCAGAUAAAUUGCUAAAUCGCAAAUUGGGUUUGUUUAAUAUUUUGUUAACUGCUUUGAACUGGUUUCUUUUGUAAUCCUAUGUAUUUACGUUUUAUAUUCGAACAGAUUAUUCUGUGAAGGGGUCCAGAGGCUUCACCAGACUGUAAAAGGGGUCCAUGGCAUAAAAAAAGUUAAGAACCACUGCUCCAGAAGGAAGGGAUUUUCUAUAGAGGGUGGAAGUAAGUGGGAGUGAAUCGUCAGGGUGGGGUAGACAAGAAAUCAGAAAGCCCAAAGCUCUCACGGAAUGUGGUGAAAUGCAUCAGAGGUUAUGUAUGCCCACACCCAGAUUUAAUUUAGUUUAUUCUCAUUGCUCCGGAUGACGAAGAGAUAUUUACUUUUUAAAGUCCUAUUAUUGCCAAGGCAGAGUCUGAAUUACUCAGCCUUUAGCAAUUUAAGAUAGGAGCGAGAGCUGAGAGAAAGAGUGGAGAGGCAAGAGAGGUAGAGUGGAAAAGGGGGAGAGUGAAGAAGAGUAAAGAGGGAGAAAAGCAGAGAGGCGAGAGAGGGAGGGGCAGAGAGAGGGUGAGGGGAGGGAGUGAGAAGGAAGAGUGGGUGAGAAUGUGAGUGGGAGAAAGGGGAAGGAGAGAGGCGGUGAGGAGGUGAAGAAAAGGCAGAGAAGGACAGGAGGAAGAGGGGAGGAGAGAGGAGGCAAGGGAGUGACAGAGGGGGAGGAGAGAGGAAGAAAAAGAGGGAAGUGAGAGAGAGAAAUAGAAGGAGAGGGCAAUGGUGAGCCUGUGGAUUAUCAUCAAUUAGAGGACCCCGUGAUGCUGUGCCGGUUGUAUCCUGUAAUUUUGGCUGCACUACUGAUUUCAACAGGCGGGCGGGCGGCUACAGAACCGGCGUCGGGGACCCAGGAACUUUUGGGGAUAGCCGGCAGCUCGUUGGACUUUGGCUCCGUCUACGACCAGGUCGUCCGGCAGGAACUCUACAGCGUCACCCUGAAGAAGAGCCAACCGACCCUCCGCGUCUUCCUGUCCAUCAUCUCCAGCGGCAAGAUGAUCCCCAGCAACUCCUACAAGGACCGGGUGAAGUUCGACCCAGACUCCGGCUCGUUGCAGCUGCUGAACUUCACAGCCGGGGACACCGGGACAUACCAACUCAUUCUCACCGCCAGCAAUGGCACUGAUUUCACCAAGAGCAUCCGCGUCCGCCUGUACGAAGAGCUCUCCAGGCCAGAGAUCCGGGCAUAUCAGUCAGAGAAUAAUAUCUCACUCAGCUGUGUGGUAGAGAACGGGACUAACCCUCAGCAAAACUGGAGCAAGGAUGGCGUGAGUGUGGAAGGAGGUGUCUGGACUCUGCUCUCCCAUGACAGGCAGAACCUCACCCUGCUGGCCCACCUGCCGGCAGUUUGUGGCACCUACACCUGCCUCGUGUGGAACCGGCUUGGCAUGGCAUCUGCCAACUAUUCCCUCCGAGAAUCUGAUGGGUUUCCAUUUUGCCGAGAAGAGCCUGUUCUGAAGAGAAAGAGAUUCCAUAUCAUCCUGAUAGUGGUGUCCCUCCUCGUGCUGCUGCACAUUGGGAUCUUUGUGUGGGUUAAAAAGAGGAGGAACAGAAGAAUGAUAUAAGCUAGAGGUUGACAUUCAUCCGCAGUCUGCUGAAGAACAGUUUUCCGUGUGAAGUACCAUCCGAGGUGUCCACCAUCACACCAGGCAGAGGAGAAACAAUGUGCCAGAUGUCAGGGAAGAGGCAUCUGAGUGAGGGCCAACUAAUGGGAGAUGUCGCUGGUGGAUCUUCUGUCUCCAGACAGUUAUUUAUUGUGGGGAUGAGCUGCUGGUCAGUUAUGGAGUCAAUUCCAUGUGGCAUUACCUGACAGAACACUGGGCACAUGGAGAAAGCAACUAGCACCCUAACAGUAUUCAAUGUCUCAACAGAACAGAGAGAUACAGUGUCACCGUUUUAGCUCGUGACCAGCCACAGCUCAGGAUCAGGCCCUUUGGGGUGCUGAACCGGACGCUCAGCCUCUCUGCAGCCCCUUACUCUGUGGAAGCUGUCCAAGCGUGUCUGACGGCUGUUUCGUUAAAGAGGGAGAGUGCAGAGAGGGAUAGCCAGGUGGCAGCAUGGAGGCUAUUUAACUCAGUGUUUUUGCUUGUACGGUAUGUAAACUCUUCCCAUGUGGAAGUGGGUAACUGAGUGGCAUAGGAAUAACCCUUCAACUACCACAUCUCUCGUUGAGAAAAGAGAAAAACUAGCCAUGUUCUUCUUGUCUACAGAACUGCACUGAAAUUAUAGUCAUAUUAGCCAUGGAACAUAACUUAUUCUCCUGACAUAAAGAUAAAAAUGAA